AAUGGUGUAACAGAAAUAAAAUCACCAUAAAUCAUCAUGAAUGCGAUUUUUUAGCAUUGAGUCCAGGAAAAAAAUAAAGUUUUGAUAUUAUGAAAAUCUACUUUUUCUAACUGCAAUGCAUAGUGCUAUCAGGUCUAACAUCCAUACGCAGCACAAACGUUCGGCAUCAUCCAUGAAUUCGAAGUACAGGCGGAGAUAGCAGCAUUACCUGGCUACUUCCUAUGGCAAGACCCCUGUUUCAAGAUGGCAGCGGUUUUGACGCAUGCUUAGAACCCAAAGGCGACAUCUUGUGAACAUAUCUAUGGUGGACCGCUAGAUGCCGUUAAAGUCCCACAUGACACCUUUAAUGUCCCAACACUAAACCUUUAAGGCAGGGGUGCCCAAACUCGGUCCUGGAGGGCCACUGUCCUGCACUGUUUAGCUCCAGCCUCCAAUCAAACACACCUGAAGUGAAUUAGGAUCUUUCUAAGCAUACUAGAAACUUCCAGACACCAGCCCUGCAGGACAGAGUUUGGGCACCCCUGCUUUAAGGUGUGUGGAGACAAUAAUUUGACAAAAAGGAUAUUUAGGAAUCUGGGAUUUAUUUUUAUGCAAAAAUGCAUUUAAAACAAAAACUUACUGAUAAGAAAGCAUACACUAACUACAAUUUUAUCUGUUAUUCAUAUUUGUUGAUUCUCUUUUGUGGUAAUAUUUUGUAGUCAUUGUCCAUGUCUUUAUUAACUCUGCACGUGCUAUGUGUAUUUUUUUUAUUCUAAAGCUUCAGGUUUAACUCCAAACACAUCAAUGCAACAUGCAUAAACAUUUUUCUAUGAAUCUUUAAUGAAAUAUUUAAAUCAAGAAAGUGUGAAAAUGUUGAUUGUUUAAACUUUUGGCCACUACUACAUAAAGAAUCAAGCAUCUUUAAAAACAUUUGUGAAAAAUGUAAACAAUACCUUUGAAAUACUUGAGCAAUGCACAGGUCUGUCUGUUUGUUCUCUUUAUUUCUUUCAGAUGACUAUGGAUAAAUCUCACCAACUGCAAAUACGAGAGUGUGCGCCGUGCGUCUCGCAGAUACGGGCUAAGAGAAGCCGCAGAGGGAGAAGACUGGACCUUGUUUUGGACAGACUGCUCUGUCUCACUGGAUAGGGUCAUGGAUAUGAAGCGUUACCAGAAAAUCAAUCAUUUUCCUGGCAUGAGCGAAAUCUGCAGGAAGGACUUGCUUGCACGAAACAUGAACCGUAUGUUGAAACUUUUUCCAAAGGAGUACAACAUUUUCCCCCGCACGUGGUGCCUCCCUGCUGAUUAUAGUGAUUUUCUUGCCUACACCAGAGCCAAAAAGCACAAAACUUACAUCUGUAAGCCAGAUUCAGGUUGCCAAGGUCGUGGUAUCUAUCUUACAAAGUCCAGUAAAGAAAUUCGGGCAGGAGACGAUAUGAUCUGUCAGGUGUACUUAUCUAAGCCAUUCAUCAUUGAUGGGUUCAAGUUUGACCUGCGGAUAUAUGUGCUGGUAACCAGCUGUGACCCUUUCCGCAUCUUCAUGUACGAAGAAGGCCUGGUUCGAUUCUGUACAACUCAAUAUAUUGAGCCUACUAGCAGCAAUUUGGAAGAUGUUUGCAUGCACUUAACUAACUAUGCCAUCAACAAGCACAGUGAAAACUUCAUACGAGAUGAAGAUACAGGCAGCAAACGGAAACUCUCCAGCUUCAGAAAGCACAUGGAAGCCAUGAGUUAUGAUACAGAGAAGAUGUGGGCAGACAUCGAGGACGUCAUCAUUAAGACAUUAAUAUCGGCUCAUCCUGUUCUCAAACACAACUACCACACCUGCUUCCCCAAUCAUGCAUCUGGCAGUGCUUGCUUUGAGAUCCUGGGCUUUGAUGUGUUAUUGGACCAUCGACUUAGGCCUUGGCUUCUUGAGGUCAACCAUUCUCCCAGCUUUACCACAGACUCCCGUCUGGACCGGGAGGUGAAGGACGACCUGCUUUAUGAUACAUUGGUGCUGAUAAACCUGGGAGCCUGUGACAGGAGGAAGAUCACAGAGGAGGAGAGGCGUAGGGUAAAAGAGAGACUGCAGCAGAACCGUUCUAAAGAGGCCAGGACUGAGGAGCUUCGACAGUCGCAGGCUGCUAAUAUGGAGCAGAUGGAGAGAUACGAGGCAAAACACAUGGGUGGAUUCCGACGGAUUUUUCCGAGAGAGGGAGGAGAGAAAUACGAAAAGUAUUUCCAACACAGCGGCUCUCUAUUCCAGGAGACUACAGCAUCAAAAGCUAGGGAGGAGUGUGCCAGGCAGCAGUUGCAGGAAUUGCGUCUGAAGCAGGAGCAGAAAGAAUGGGAAAAGAAGGGCUCACGUAAGCGAGAUCUUCAAGGUGAAUCUGCUGGCGAAAAAGUAAAGCCAAGAAGAAUUCAGGUUCAGCCCACACAUCCAAACCCAAAUUCUCUAUCAACUAUGCCAGAACGUCCAGUCCAGAAAGGAGAGACAACUGUUGCUUUUGAUCUGUCAGAAGAAGAGGAGGCAGAGAGAGUCAGUGAGCUUCACCAACGAGAGACCCUGCUUCUGAACAUGGGUGUUGUUAACAAGGUCCGCCAGCUACUUCAAAGUGCCAAUCACCCCUCUGAACCUAUCAACCCCUCAUAUGAACAAUUCAGGUUUCCCUCAUAUUACAGAAAUGACCAUAAGCUGGACCCCCUUGCAGAGAUGUCAUGUAAGCAGAAGAGCCUCUGCACUAUGAUGCAACAGCAGUUGUCUACAAAAGCCAAACCCUCCCUGCAUUCCCAGCUCAUGCAAAACCGAAAGCCCUGGCCCUCACUGGAACAAGGUCUGCUGCAGCCAGUUCAUACUGAAACAGGUGCCUCCAAACGCUGUGUAGAUGAGGAGAUACAAGCAGCAAAUGCAGAGCAGCAAACAUCUGCCUGUAUAACAAAGGCUGCCAGUGCCCAACGAAUACCUUGGACAAUAAAUGGUUCUUUUGCUUGGCGUCAGGCCAGUUUGAGCUCUUCCUUGGCUGAGUCGAGAGCGAGAGCAGUAAUGUUAAGAGUGCCUCCACUCGUUCCAGGACGACUACAGGGUGCCUCAAUGUCCUGUGACCCCAAAGCUCUUUACAUCAUUUCCACCCCUGUUCCUCUUGUGCCGAGGCCACAUCUCUCCCACACCCUUUACAAGGCCUCUCGCAGAGUCUCCUCGCAUGAGCAAGGCCACUGACGCAGCGUCUUUGCUCAACACCACAGAUGUUGCAUCAACUACCUGUAUUUCAUACUGGAAAUGUACAAUUUAUUUUCUAUGCUCAGUGGAAAUUAAAGCCAUUUCUAAUUUUUCUGCCUAUUUUUUCUUGUAAUUUAGUUAGGCUUUCAAGGUCUUAAAACCUUGGACAAUGCAAUGGACUGGUCCUGCU